AUGAUGCCCUCCUGCAACUUCUCCCCGCCGCUGCCGGCGGGGUACAGCAGGGGCGUUCGGAAGCGGUGCGCCAUCGCCGCCUUCACCACCGCCAAUGAAAUGACGACAAUGGGGCACAAGAAGGGUGGCGUUUUCUGCCUGAGGGGUGGGAGUGACGAGGGAGAUGCUCUGCACGUCGGCGGGGAAGAAGAGAAAGUGAAGCGGGAAACUCCAACUGCCACCAGAGCCAGCGCCGCCGACAGCGAGGGCGAGGCCUGGCCAGGGGCAGAGGAGGAAGGAACACCCUUUGGCGGGGUUGCUCUCGUGACCGAGCGCUCAACGGCAACAGGCGGGAGCAAGGAUAGGCAAUUGCCGGCGUCGACAGCACCAUCACCGCCACCACAUCUGCCGACAAUACCGCCACCAUCGCGGGAGAACACGGCCGUCGCAAACGCCUCCGCGGAGCCACGAAGAGUGCUGCAGGGUGUACGACGGUGUGCCGGGGACUUGAAAACGGGCCUUGUCGAGGCGACAAAAGAAGUUGCUAGAGAGACGAGAGCCGCAGCGGCGGCGGCGGGAGCGUGCGUGGCAAGGGCCGGGGUGGCGGUGCGCGGAGGCCUGAUGAACACCUUUCUGCCGGCGGGGUACCCGGGAUCGGUGCGGCCGGAGUACGUGAGGUACCGCUGCUGGGACAUCCUUCAGGACCUGUCCUCACACCUUCGGGGCGUUCUAGCAACACAGGCGGUGUUGGAGGGCAUGGGUGUAGGUCGGGCAGGCUCGACGCCCCUAGCCGCCACGCUACAGUGGAUGGCACGAGACGGUGCCAGCAUGAUCGGGGGUCUCCUGUUCACCUCGGUGGCGUCAGCUAACUUCGGCGUCAAUAUCAAGACCUGGCGAUUAUUCGCGGACACCUCAAACGACAUCGGGCUCGCCCUCGAGAUGCUGGCGCCUCUGCCCGCUUUCCGAGAGGGCGGAAGGUUCUUGCGUCUCAUCUGCAUCGCUUCGGUCUUCAAGGCGGCGUGCGGGGUUGCGGGGGGCGCCACUGGAGCCGCUAUCACCGAGCACUGGGCCAUCGACAACAACAUCGCGGACAUUGGCGCUAAGAACGGGGCACAGCACACGGUAGCCUCUUUGCUUGGGCUUGGGCUCUCGGUCUGGUUCGCGAGGGCCGUUAGCGUCGGGGGCUCCGCGUCUGGAUCGCGCGUCUGGGGGUGGUACGCGGUCCUCACCCUGGUCCACCUGCUGGCGAACUACGCGGCAAUGAGGACCCUAGCCCUGCGGUCUCUAAAUCCGACGCGGGCUUCGCUCUUGGUCACGGAGUACCUAGGCCAGGCCUUGGGGUCUACGGAAGGCCGCAGUGGCACACGAGGAAGCGAGCAAGACGAAGAUGACGGGGAAGAAGAAAAUGAACAGCGAGAGGAGAAAGAGGAAGGGGGAGAGGAGAGAAAGGGUCCGGCGUUAGACUGGAUGGGGAGAAUAAGAGACCAAGGGUCUCCGCCAGAGUCGGUGGCGGUGCUUUCGCCCUUUGCCGCCGCGAGGCGGGAGAGAAUACUCGUGCUUCCCGGGUGGUUCCGGGCCUUGAAGCCGUGGGGAGACUUCCUGCAGAUACACGUGGGGGUACCGGUCAGAGCGCUGGUAGGUGAGGCCGACGACUUGCUCUGGCUGACGUCGCUGUACCACGAUGAGAGGUCCAUGGUGGGGGUCCAGGUGUCCUACAAGCCACUAGGAGCGAGGAUGGAGACGACGGUUAAUCUUGCCCUUCGAGAAGACGCCUCUCCAGAGGACCGGUUGCACGCUAUGUUCCAGGCGAACGUAAUCCAACACCUGGUGGUGAGAGACCCGGACGGCAUUCCGCACGGGGAGGACGGGGUCGACCGCACCCUGUUCCUGCGCAAGGUUACCGAAGAGGCACUACGCGUGACAAGAAAGGAGUUCCCAGCCUUCCGCAAGGCGCUGGUUCGGGAGGGGUGGGACCUGUCUCGCGUGACCUUGGGAGGGGGGCCAUGGGUGGGGCGGUGGGGGUCGCUGGCGAAGGAAGAUUGAUAGGCCAGCUCCGGCCAAGAUCGGGGUGAAUGUCUAGGUGUAUCUUGUUUGAUUGUCCGCCCGGAAAGAGGCGCGAAGUUUCUUGACGGCGGAGGGGGGAAAGGGGUCUCUCCGAAGGAGAAUGAAGCCGGUGGAGAUGAGGAGAGAAAUCACCGGCAACGCGUUUUUUAGAGAAAAAUUAGUAUAUAUUCGAGGUUUUGUAGUAAGCAGAAUAUUGCGGGAUCCGGGAUGAACAACGUCGUAUCUAGGUGUUGCCGUUGAUGGGUUAGCUAGGGUUUUAGGGGGGGCGUGAAGGGGUUCGAUGUGACCACCGCUUUGGCAUUGCCAAAGAUCAUUGCCUUAGGCAGCAAGCAGUAACGAAGGACCGAACGAUGGGCGCAGGAAUGAUGUCGUUUUUUCUCCCCAGAUGCUGCGUACCGGCGAAUGGGAUAGGGCGAUUUUUCCUCGGUUGGUGUCUCUAUUCACGCGGGGCAUUCGGACCCGUCAUCGCUGGCUGGAUUCACGGUUGAUCCCUUUCACUGUUUCAUGUUCGGGAUUUGUGUGUGUGCGUAGGGCUACGGUAAUCGUGUGAAGAGCGGGGCGAUCGUGGGGGCAAGAUGGCAAUAAAUUCUUGGAGGAAACUCAGGGGUGCACGAAGUCCCUUUGUUGUGUUGAACCCGUAACAAACGAAAAUAACGGAACGGUAAAUUUACCGUCGGAUCGUGCGAGCACAUGCCACAACGGCCUGCUCGAGAAGUCUUUAC